AUGAGGCGCGCGGGGGGGAUGAGGCGCGCGGGGGGGAUGAGGCGCGCGGGGGGGAUGAGGCGCGCCGGGGGGAUGAGGCGCGCGGGGGGGAUGCGGCGCGCGGAGGGGAUGAGGCGCGCGGGGGACUUUUACUUCACGGGGCAAGCGAAGUGUCUCGCUGAUGGGUGCCCGGCCGUGGUGAGGCGGGAGGAGGGAAGGAGCGGCUGCGGCAGUUGCCCGCAUGGGUGCAUGGGGGAAGGAAUGCCAUCGCUCGUCUCCCAUUGCUGCCCCUUCGCUGUUCCCCCCGGCGCCUUCAUCAUCCCUCGUGCCCUCUCGUCCCACCUUUCAUCCUCACCUGCCCCCCCUUCCACUGCUUCUCGUGCCUGCCCUGCCCGUGCCCAUGCCUCCAGGGCCGUGGGGCGAGUGGACUACUGUGAGACGCGCCGCCCCCUCGCACCCGCCACGCCCGCCAAGCUGCCCGCCCCCGCCCCUGCUGUGGGUGCGCUCGGCGCACAGCACGGCGGGCGCGGAGGGGGCGGCAGCGAGCAGGGCGGGAGUGCGGUGGUGUGGGUGCCGCGGUGCUUCUUCCCCGGUGGGGGCUCGGCCGUCCAGCAGCAGUGGCGGCCGCAAGAGCGGGGAGAGGCGGGUGGAGACGGCGAGACAGGUGCAGGGAAGGGGCGAGUGCAGCAGCACGAGUGGGAGGAGAGCGGUUGGGGGGGAGGGGUGGAGAGGCGGGCAGCAGACGGCAGUGGGAGGGGCUGGGAGGGGCGGGCACGCAGUGGGGGGCUGGCGUGGGUUCCCAGGCCGUUCCUUGGAGGGGCGGGCGUGGUGGAGGUGGCAGUGCGGCACGGCACGGUGCAGCACGGUGCGUGGGGGCCGAUUGAAGGGCGCACAGCUGUGCAGAGGCAGGUGCGCGUGGUGCUCCAGAGGCAUGGGCGUGGGCGUGGGUGCAGUGAGGCAGGGGGCGAGGAGGAUGGAGGCGGCGAGGCCAGCAGCGGCGCAUGCAGGCAGGCAGGCAGCAGCAAAGGAGGGGGGGGACAGUGCAGCAAUGAGAGGGAGAGGGAGAGGGAGAGCGAGGGGCACAGGUGUGCGGUGGUGUGGGCGGCGCGACCGUUCCUCUCUGCCGGUGGCGCGCGCGUGUUGGCCUGGCAGGCUGUGGACGCCGUGCCGUGCAGCGAGGGGGGUCGCGCAGAGGAGAGAGGGGGAGAAAUGCGUGAAGGGCUGGACCAGAAUGAUAGGAAGAGCAGAGAUGAGCAUGGGGCAAAGGGGAACCAACCCACACGUGGCGCUACUGCCACCAGUGCAGGUGAGAGUGCUGCCACCAGUGCAGGUGAGAGUGCUGCCACCAGUGCAGGUGAGAGUGCUGCCACCAGUGCAGGUGAGAGUGCAUUGCGUGGAAAGCAGGAGCAAGCUAGGCAUGAUAUUGUACAGCUUGCGGCUGAACCCGGCCGCACUGCUCAUCGCAACAACGGGUGGGCUCACAUGGACGGGCAGACAUCAAGAGGUGCGAUCAGAUGA